AUGGAAUUUGAGUCACAGGAAAAUGCAUAUUCAUUCUACAUUGAUUAUGCUAAAUCAGUUGGGUUUGGAAUUUCAAUUAAAACUAGUCGUCGAUCAAAGGUUUCUAUGGAGUUUAUCGAUAUUACAUAUGCUUGCACAAGAUAUGGAAAAAAGAGACCAUCCAUUGCACAUAAUCCACGUCCUUGUUUGAAGUUGGAGUGUGAAGCUAGCUUGCGUAUUAAAAGAAACUGUGAUGGCAAGUGGAGUAUUCACAGUUUCAUUAAAGAUCACAAUCAUGAUCUUUUUCCAACAUAUGCACAUUAUUUCCCUUGCCAUAGAAGAAUCAAUAAAGCUCAAAAGAAUUGUAUUGAAACUUUACAACAAGUUGGGGUGAGAACAACAAAAAUUUACGCCACAAUGGCCAAACAACAUGGAGGAUAUGAAAAUAUUGGUUGUUUGGAGAAAGAUGUUAGAAAUCAUUUAGAUAAAGAUCGUCUUUUGAGUUUAGAAUUGGGAGAUGCAACUGCAAUGUUGGAGUGUUUUAUGCUUAUGCAAGAAGAAAAUCCAAGAUUUUUUUAUGCAAUUGAUUUGGAUGAUGAAAACCGUCUUAAAAAUGUGUUUUGGGUAGAUGCAAAAGGAAGAGAUGAUUAUCAAGAGUUUGGAGAUGUGAUCUCAUUCGAUACAACAUAUAUCACUAAUAAGUACAAAAUGCCAUUUGCUCCUUUUAUUGGUGUGAAUAAUCACUUUCAGUCAAGAUUACUUGGUUGCGCGUUACUAGUUGAUGAAACCUGA